ACGGAACAGGAGCACCAGCAGCAGCAGCAGCCGCAGCUGGAUCUGAGCACACCAAGUAGUCCGAAUCCCACACUUCUGAUGAUGAUGGGGCCAUGAGCCCAUCAUUACUCGCAUUGAAUUGGAGUCGCAAGCGCGUCUCAAGCGGGCCUGCACCAUGCUAGCACCGCCGAACCCGAGGUCAAUAUGCGGCCAGGACCCGGGCUGGUCGUGAUGGCGCUUGCGUUUAUUUCGGGGGCUCGGCGUGGCAGCAGCAGCAGCAUCAGCUCAACGACGACGACGACGACGACGGCGACAGCAUCCACAUCAAUAGGAACAACAUCAGCGGGAGCAGCGGGAGUAGGAGGGGGAGCAACAUCAGGAACUGGAGCAACUGCAGAAGGAGCAGGUGGAACUGGAACUGGAGGUGGAGGUGGAGGUGGAGUUGGAGCAAGAGGAGGUCACAGAGGUGGAGGAGGAGUUGGAACUGCGUUACCGUCCAGAGGCGAGUCGUCGUCAUUCAUUAGCAGCUCUGGCUCAUAUCUGCUGCCCAUCUUCCUGCCCCACCAUCUCGACUUGUACCGUCGGCCCACGCCCCAGGCCAUCUACCAGCUGCCACCCACUUACCAGCACGCCCACGCCCACGCCUACGGCCACGGCCACGACCCCGACGAUCCGCGUGCCCGCACCGAGGCGCUCAGCGCGAGGCUACAGCUUCGUCGGAGACGCGAGCGCAGCCUCAGUAGCGACAUUGUGGGCAGGGCGGGAGGUACGAGAAAGGGAGCGGUGACGGAAACGGGGACUGGGACUGGGUCCAGCAACGAGGAGGAAGAGGCCGAGCAGGAGCAGGAGGAGAGCGGCUUGCCGGUGCAGUAUUCAUCCUCACAAGCGUUAGACGAGGACGAGGACAUCUUUGCCCUUGUGGCCGAGGACGAUUUGCUGUCCGAAGAGUCCUUCGAUCGCUUGAUAAAGCUCAACGAGGACGUGGACGAGGAGGAUAAGCUCAACGAAGAGGAUUACAAUAUCCAGCAGCAGCAGCAGCAGCAGCAGCACGAGCCAGUCCAGGAAUUGGAGGCGGACAACGAGACAGAAGCGGAGACCGAAACAGAGACAGAGACGGAGACGGAGAAACAGCAGCAGGACGAGAGCAGCCUGAUUGAUGAGAGUGUCCUGCAGCACAGCGACCACAUCAGCCCCAAGGAGUUUCCUUCCACCAGCAGCCAGAGCAACAGCAACAACAACAACAAUAACAAUAACAACAACAACAACAAGAGGGAAGCUACCGGCAACAUCCUUGAUGCCCAGGCGGCUCAGCUGAUUGGCCAAAAGGAUAACAGCUGGUCCGGCGGCACCUUUGGCACCUCCGCUGCAGUGGCCAUAGCCUCAGGCUCGGGCUCGGGCUCGGGCUCAGCGGCAUCAGCGGAGGCCGGAGCAGCAGGCGGCGGGACAGCGAGAUCCCUGCCAGACCCCGUGGAGCUGAAGAAGAGCAUACUCGGCACUGCGUCCUCAUUAACACGCCUUAAUCCUUGGAUAUCAGCCUGUGAUCUGGCACAGCCGGGCACAGGCACCGACUUGCAGGGUCAGUGCUCGGCUGGCACACUGCCCAUGGCCUGGGUCGAUGAGGGACCCGGGCCGCCAACGUGUCCGCGUUCCUGCGCCGAACAGCAGCAGCCGUCACCACAGAAACGGACGGCAGUGGACAGCUCCGUGUCGAAGAGGAGCGUCAGCAGUAACAAUAAAUCCAAGUAUUUCGUAAACUAUAAGACAUCCCAGAUGCGCUUGGGCCACAGCAAUCGAGUCAUGUCACGUGUGCGCAGGGAGCGGGAACGCAGCGAGGGGGGUGAUCCGCCGGUCACGGACAUGCCCACUACCACAGAGGCCGACCAGGACCAGGAGCAGGACCCGGAGCAGGAGCAGGAGCAGGAACUGGAGCUGGGGGAGAGUGCGACUGCAUCCUCCACCAUGGCCAGUCCCAGCAGCGAGGACGUGGAAGUGGAUGCGGCGGCGGAGGCGGAGGCAGCGCCAACCUUGGCCUACAGCCAUCUGCAUGCCCAGCCGCAGAUUCACCUCGACACAGCGAACCAGCAGCGGCCACAGCCGGAGCAGGGGCAGGCUGCCGGGCAGGAGGUGGAGGAACAACAGUGCCUUGAUUAUCUGGGCGAUGCCGCCGAAUGGAGUCCACAGCAUUUGUGCGGCCUGGAGUCGCCCGCGGAGCUACUGAAGCGUCUGCGGACGCUGCGCCUCCGGAACUGCUGCGAGCGGAGCGUGUUCAGUGCCCUGCACACACUGGCCCUCAACGCCACCCUGUCGGAUCGGGGCGAGUGCGUGCGCAUCCUCAGCGAUCUGCUGGAAGUGGACGCCCUGGCCAAUCGCAUCACCUGCGAGCUGGCCGAGAUCCUCUUCCGCUUCGACUGUCGGCAGGUCUACUCGCUGAUCAACCAGUGCGACGACUGCAAGGAAGCAUAUCGUCGCUGGGUGUGCAGCACACUAGUGCCAUAUUUUGCCGAGCCAAAGGACGUUGCUCCAGACGGGAGUGAGCAGAGCAGCAGCAGCAGCAGCAGCAGCAGCAAUGCGAAAAUCCCGGGCAAAAACAAACGUUCCGCGUGGAGUGCAACGUGGACUGAGGGAGGAGAAGCUGUAGCCGUGGAAGCUGGUGGAAGUGCUGCUGCUGUAGCUGGAAUCAAGAAUAAAUCUCUGAAAUUAAUCAGCAAUAACAAUAAAUCAAAUAACGGCAAUAACAUGAACGAGCGUCAGAUUAAUCAGAAGCCUGACAAGAGCUCGCAGGCGAAUCGGAACGAUGAGAACGGGAACACGAACAGGGAGGGGAACACGAAUGGGAUUGGGAAUGGGAAUCGGAAUCGGAAUGGGAACGGGGACAAUGACCGCAAUGUGGAGGAUGCGAUUGGCAGAAAUCUGGCUCAGACAUUCUAUGAUGUUGUUGGCAUGUCUAAUCCCCACCAGAGCCAGGUGGCGGGAGUGAACGAGGGGCCAGUUGGGGCCAUGGCUGAGGCUGAGGCUGAGGCUGAAACACAAUCCAAUAAUUUCAUAUCGACUGCCAAUAAUGCGGAUCCCAGAGCCUUGGAUCCAGUGAUAUCAAAACUUCAAAAGAGAUCAACACGCAAGGCAGAGUUUCGCAAGCGCCGACGCAUUCGGCCCUGCCUGAGUGUCUGCCAGACUGUGGAACAAAAGUGCCCCUAUCUGCUGCCCGCCGAUCGCGCACCCGCGCUGCCCACCCAAUAUGCCGGCGAGCCGACAUUUCUCUGCCUAGAUCAAAAUAUACCCGAAACUGGGGAGCAGCUGAAGAAGUCCAGCUAUGGCCCCAAUGACUGCUGCUACAGCUACUGCAAUGGACCCGCGAGUGGUGUCUGCACCGUGUGCCAGGAGUUUGCACCGCCGCCGAGGGCAAGCCCGAACGAUGUGGCCGCAAAUUCCACCCGCCGUGUCCACAACAUAACGCUCACGUUGAGCUCUCCCGCCGGCGAGCAUGCACGGGCCAAGAGCGUGGCUCUGGCCCUGAGGAACGUGACCAAGGCGCGUGACAGCGAACAGGAUGCCAUGGAGUCGCUGAUGGAGCGACUGCCGUACUAUGCGCGCCUCGACAGCAUCUACUACUACGACGAGGACGGCGAGAUGCCCAAGGCGCCGCUUUCCGGCAACUGUGCGCCCGUGCCCGCCGUCACCACUCGCUGCACCUUUCCGUACUAUGCCUCGGGCACCGAGGCCGCGGCGCCACCCACACAGCUGCUCGUCUGGCUGAGCGCUCUGCUGGGGCUGCUCAGCAGCUGUGGGGCCGCACGCCAGCGCUGGAGCUGCAGCUGGAGUGGCGGCUGUGGGCAGCGUGGCCGUGGUCGCCAGUGUGUCAACUGCGAGGCCAGCUGCCACGAACAGGAGCUAAUCAGGAGCAGGAGCAACGCCGCCGGAAGUGGCAGCAGAAGCAGCAGGAGCCGCAGCCAGCAAAGCAUCGAUGGAAAAUGCGCGGAAAAGGCGCCUCAGGCAGAAGCCGAAGCUGAGGCAGAGGCCGAGUCCGAGUCCGCCUGGAUGUGGGCGUGGUCGGUGAGGCCACAGAAUAUCCAUAGGCAAAUGUGCAGCAAGGUGCGGUACUUUAGUAGCCGAAGUAAAUUUAAAUGCGAAUCCAACUGCAGAGACUUGGAUCCGUUGAGAUUACGAGUGAGGGAGAGGGUGAGGGCCAGGGUCAGGGUCAGGCCCAGGCUGAGGAUCGGGUGGGGUUGGAGCUGGAGUUGGGGGCUGUGGCAAACGCGGGAGGGCAGCACUAGGACUAUUAACUAUCGCUAUUUCUACUAUUACAACUACAACAUCAACGAUUGGUGGCGAAGAUGGUGGCUGGGGGAGUGGCGGCGGAUUGUGGGCAGCGGCGCCUUAUAGUGCCUGCAAAACGUCAGCGGACUGUCCGUGUGCGUGAACGUGUACGUGUACUCCCUCAUUCCCGUCUCUCUCUGCCUAGGGAAAUCGAAUGAUAGUUAAACCCCAAAACCAUAAAUAAUAGAAUUUGAGAGAGAAAGAGAGCAAAAACGAUUACAAAAUUGAGGGAGAAGCGAAUUAAAUGAGACAUGAAAUGAAAUGAAAUGAAAGCAAAGCAACAAAUGGAAAACCACAUAAAUAUUUAUGGUCCUCUUUCAAGUGAAAAUAAAAACCAAAACAACAUGAAUUAUAAAUCUCCAUUGAAGAAAACAAAAAAAAACAAAAACAAAAACCAAAAUAGCAUAUUUUAUUACAACUAGAACAAAGAAUAUUAAUACUUAAUUAAACAAAAAGCAACUGCCACAAGAAUAGGUUUUUUUAGAUAAAUGAAAACAGACACAGAAAAACGCUAAAGAAAGCAAAAAAAAAAAACAGGAACAUAUAACAGGAGCAUGGAACUAAACAAUGAUGUGUGUGUGUAUGUAUGUAUGUAUGUCCAUCAAACGGAACCGAAACGAAACCAAAAACCAAACAAAAAUAUAGUUAUUAAUUUAAUUACUGGCGAACAAGAAAUACGAACAUUUUAGGUUAGCUAAAAAUGAAACAAAUAAGCAAAAUGAAGCAAACGGAAAAACGGAAUAAUUUACAACUAGAAUAACAAAGAAAUUUUCGAAAACGGCAUACAUAACUACGAGUAAUUAGCGGAAAAAAACCCACGACGACAGCUGAGAAAUAAACUAAAAGAGAAUACAAUUUCAUUAACAAAUUGACGUAUAGGCCGCGUAUCAAAUCAACCACCUUUCAAAGAAAACCAAAAAAACAACAAAACAAAAAAAACGAACCGUGAACUUUACUUAAAAUUAGUUUAACGAAAUAUAAAAAAGAACGUAUAUACAUACAUAUAUGAAAUACAAUAGUCGAGGGAUGGGCGUGAGCGAUUAAUUAACAAAUUAAUUAACCAAUUAACGAGAGACGAUGAAAACAAAGAAAAAUAAUAAUAAUAGCAACCGCAAACCGCAAAUGUGUCUAAGAAUUGUCAUUAUUUAGUUUUAAAAGCGACGGAAGCAAUGAAGGAUGGUUCACAGAUUUGUAUAAACCCUGAGGGAAAAACUCAAGAGAAUAAACCUAAGGGGUGGACAGAACAGGACAUAAGAGUAUGUAAAGCGCACAGUAAAACUUAUCUUUAAGGUUCAUUCAAAGGCGGCAUUAACAGCAUAUACACAUGUAGAGCCAUGAUCCAUUUACAUAUAUGUACAUACAUAUAUAUGUACGAGUGUAUGUACGCAUUGAUCUGGGUAUAUUGUAUUGUAUGUACGACAGGAAUACAUAGUGAAAAUGUGCAGCGUAAACAUCAACAGGAUGCGACGAGGAGAAGCUCCAUAAACAGCAGCAGCAGCAAACCACAUACCUACUACGAGUGUAUGAAUAAUAAUAAUAAUAAUUUUUGUAUUAAAGUGAACUCUAUGUAGCGAAUACAUAUAAUAAAAUACAUUUGCGAGGUAUAUAUAUUUAUAAUUAUCAAUUUAUCGUACAUAACUUGCAGCAGAAAUGGAAUAACUAUAGGAAAAACAAAACAAAACAAAACAAAAGAAAGGAAAGAACGAAAAAACAAAAACCAAACUUAAACCACUAAGAAAUAUUCAAAUAAAUAGUCGUAUUUGGUAUUAACUAAUUAACUAUGGAACUAAGUACGAAACAGUAUGAGAAAGUCCCUCUGAUAGAGCACACUCGCCAAAAAAAAGAAAAACAAAAGGAAAACUCACACAAACAUACAAAAACACAUACCUUAAGCACUCUUAAACAAUAUAUUUAGUUUAGUUAGUUUCCCACUCACCGCAUUUGCAUCAUCUCUGAAGGCUUUGGACAUUUCCCAUGUUUUUUGGGUACCUUCUUUCCGAAAUCUGUUAACGAGCGGUUUUACCUUUUAGUCCACUGCAGGCAGUGGCAGAGAAACGAAACCGAAACUUCACUAUGAUGUUUUCUUCUAAAUCUUCCCCAACUUUCAGCUCUUGAAUUUCUCUUCCGUUUUCAACACUUUCCUUUCCUUUCCUUUCUUUUCCAUCUUUCAACACUGACGCAUUACUUUAGGAAGAGAUAGAAUAUGUAAUAGGAAAUGGUAUGGAUUGUGUUAGCUGUUGUUGUAGAAACGUAAAGGAUAUUACAUACAAGCGAAAAGCAAAAAGUAGUUGCAUUCAUUAAAGACCUCUCAUGCCCUUCCAUUUCUUUGAUUUCCCCUCCCCCCUACCGCCAUAUCAAUGAAUAUUUGUAAAUAGAAAAGAUACAAACUAUGAAAAAUUCGCCUCAAGGCCCUGGCAACCCGGGGUACAUUUUCCAUGACAGUUUCUGUCCCACAUGAAUUUUCUUUUACAAGUUCACAAGUUCCGUUCGCCAAAACAAAUUUUCCCUUAAUUAUAAUGUCUGUCCCGUUUGUGUGGAAACUCUUUCCGUAACUCAAAACGAAUGAAAUUUAUGAAUUUACAUAGCCAAACGUUUGCUUUUUCGUUGCUCGUUUCGUCGUCAGCGAGAUAACUGUACAUUGAUGGCGAAUGCAAAACCAUUUCUAAGAGGUGCGGGACGACAAGAGGAGUGGCCAACUGCCGUUAUCGGGGGGCAAGAUGGCAAGAGAGAGUAAGAGAAACAGAGUGGAGGGGAGAGGUAGAGAGAGGGAGAGCCGCUGGCACAAAUUGCGCGCAUAUUGAAAUGCAAAUUGUUAUGAAUUAUUGUGUACUUUUGUAAAACUUUUUGAUAUAUAUAAAAUAGUUAACAUGAAUAGAUGCCUAAAUAAUAAUAAAUUAAAUGUUAAUUUAUUUAAAUGUAAACAAUAAAUGGACGUGAACAGAGCGUAGCGAAAGAACAGGAGGUCGGUGGACGUAGGCGGAGGCGGGCUGGCUAUCCGAUCGUGAUUCCCAUCCCGAUUCCAGAUUCCCCAUUUCCAAUUCCCCCAUUCCACCAUUCCAUGUGUCCCUUAGAGUAUGAAUGUAUUGAGCAAAUUGUACGCGUUGGACGGAGAAGGAGACAAAAAACUAGUUGAAUCGUGUGCGUAGCGGGGGGUAACUCAUAGCUGUAGCCGUGGCCUCCGGAUCAGGUGGCGAUUACUUGAGAUCGUUUCGCGAACAUUACUUUACCGCAGCGCAGCCGAGAACAGGAAGCAGAAAGUAGCAUCUCAUGCGAUCCACACACACACACACCUUACACACCCACACAAUAACGAAUUCCAAGCCCCAUCCGAAUCACUAAAAAGUUAGCACGAAUUAUACAAUAAUUUUUGUAAUUGUUUAGCAGCUGCCACAA